UAGACAUGAAAGGGGCGCAGAAAUCCUGACCUGAAAAGCUUCGCAUCGAUAUCUGCUUGUUUAGGAACCUUCGCAUCUGACUUCUAUUUCUGAACUCAAAAGUGAUGCGGACUUUAUCUUCCUACUCCUGAUCCUGGGGACGUCUAUAACAAGCCAGUAAUGGCGGCUCUGCAGAGGCGCCGGCAGCUCAGCAAGCUGCCCCUGCUCUUCACGCUCCUGGGAACGCUGUGGGGGGCCGCGGCCCGGCAGAUCCGCUACUCUAUUCCCGAGGAACUGGACAAAGGCUCCUUCGUGGGUAACAUUGCCAAGGACCUGGGGCUGGAGCCCCGGGAGCUGGCGGAGCGCGGAGUCCGUGUCGUCUCCAGAGGUAGGACGCAGCUCUUCGCUCUGAACCCGCAAAGCGGCAGCUUGGUAACCGCGGGGAGGAUAGACCGGGAGGAGCUCUGCGCCCAGAGUCCGCGGUGUCUGGUGAGUUUUAACAUCCUUGUCGAGGAUAAACUGAACCUUUAUCCCGUGGAAGUGGAAAUAGUGGAUAUUAAUGACAAUACACCCCGAUUCCUAAGGGAAGAGUUGGAAGUGAAAAUUCCUGAAAACGCAGCUCCCUCCUCUCGUUUUCCACUAAUGGAGGUCUAUGAUCCUGAUGUGGGAAUGAACUCUCUUCAGGGCUUUAAGCUCAGUGGCAAUAGUCACUUCUCAGUGGAUGUUCAAAGCGAAACUCAUGGGCCCAAGUACCCAGUGCUGGUGCUGGAGGGCACCCUGGACCGGGAAAGCGAAGCUGUUCAUCACCUGGUCCUUACUGCCACGGAUGGUGGUGACCCUGUCCGAUCAGGUAUGACACGAAUUCUGGUAACUGUACUAGAUGUGAAUGACAAUGCUCCGGUGUUUACUCAGCCUGUCUACCGUGUAAGUGUUCCUGAAAAUCUGCCAGUAGGUACACCAGUGUUAUCAAUAAAUGCCACUGACCAGGAUGAAGGAGUCCAUGCAGAAGUGAAGUAUUCCUUCGUAAAGAUCUCACAAACUUUCCGUUUGAAUGUUUUGACUGGAGAAAUUUCAACAUCUGCAAAUCUUGACUAUGAGGAAUCAAGCUUUUAUGAGCUGGAUGUUGAAGCCCAGGAUCGGCCAGGUCUCCGAGACAGAGCGAAAGUCUUAAUAACUAUUUUAGACGUCAAUGAUAACGUACCAGAAAUGGUUGUUACAUCUGGAAGCAGAACAAUUGCUGAAAAUGCACCUCCAGGAACAGUAAUUGCUCUUUUUCAAGUGUAUGAUCAAGACUCUGGACCAAAUGGUCUGGUAAUGUGUUCCAUUCCAGAAAGUCUCCCAUUUGAGUUGGAAAAAUCAGUUGACAAUUAUUAUCGAUUAGUGACAACUACAGUUCUAGACCGGGAAGUGGUGUCCUUGUACAACAUCACAGUGACAGCCACAGACAAAGGAGCACCACCUUUGUCGGCAGAAAUGCUCGUGUCCCUAAAUGUGGCAGACACCAAUGACAACCCACCCACCUUCCCCCACUCAUCCUACUCAGUCUACAUCCCUGAGAACAAUCCCAGGGGAGCCUCCAUCUUCUCUGUGGAUGCAUUUGACCCUGACAGCAAUGAGAAUGCCCUGGUCUCCUACUCGCUGGCAGAAGACACCCUCCAGGGGGAGCCUUUGUCCUCCUAUGUCUCCAUCAACUCCAACACGGGUGUCCUGUAUGCACUGUGUUCCUUUGACUAUGAGCAAUUUCAAGAAUUGCAGCUACUGGUGACAGCCAGUGACAGCGGGAACCCACCCCUCAGCAGCAACGUGUCUUUGAGGCUGUUUGUGCUCGACCAGAAUGACAACGUGCCUGAGAUCCUGUACCCUGCCGUCCCCACGGAUGGCUCCACAGGCGUGGAGCUGGCACCCCGCUCUGCAGAGCCUGGCUACUUGGUGACCAAGGUAGUGGCGGUGGACAGAGACUCAGGCCAGAAUGCAUGGCUGUCCUACCGCCUGCUCAAAGUCAGCGAACCUGGGCUGUUCGUGGUGGGGCUGCACACGGGUGAGGUGCGCACGGCGCGGGCCCUGCUGGACAGAGACGCGCUCAAGCAGAGCCUAGUGGUGGCCGUCCAGGACCAUGGCCAGCCCCCUCUCUCAGCCACUGUCACGCUCACUGUGGCAGUGGCCGACAGCAUCCCCGAAGUCCUGGCCGACCUGGGCAACCUUGAGCCUUCCGAUAGUCCUUACGACUCUGGUCUCACUCUGUACCUGGUGGUGGCGGUGGCUGCCGUCUCCUGUGUCUUCCUUAUCUUCAUUAUCGUGCUGCUGGCCCUCAGGCUGCGGCGCUGGCACAAGUCGCGCCUGCUCCAGGCUUCCGGAGGCGAGUUGGUAGGCGUGCCCACCUCACACUUUGUGGGUGUGGACGGAGUGCGGGCUUUCCUGCAGACCUAUUCCCAUGAGGUGUCCCUCACCGCAGACUCGCGGAAGAGUCACCUGAUCUUCCCCCAGCCCAACUACGCGGACACACUCAUCAGCCAGGAGAGCUGUGGGAAAAGCGAGCCCCUUUUGAUACAGGAAGAUUCAGGGUUUUGUAAGGAGAAAGACUCCCUUGUUCAGGUGAGGCUAUUGCUUUUAUUGAUCAUUUGA